AUCGCUUUUGCUUCCCUUUUGCGGGUCACGUGUGUUUUGUCAACCUGGGUUUGUCGGUCAAACUCAUUUGCUCCUGCUGCAAUCGAUUAAUCUCUCCUUCUCUCUCUAUAAGAUCUCGGGAGGCUAUAAACGUUCUACUCUGUUUCUCUCUUCUUGUGAUUAUUGCUUUUUUGUUUUUUAUAAUCUUUCUGAGAUGGAGCUAGCGCUGAGCUUGGGAGAGCCGCCGGCGGAGAAGAUCGUCGGCGAGAGAGGAAGGCCGAGUACGAAAUUGAAGCUGGGAUUUUGCAUGGAGCUAGGAGGUGGGCGGGAGAGGAGAGGGGAAGAGGAUGAAGAAGAUAUAGGUGGAGGUAGAAACUGGGAGAUGGAGGAGAGAGGGAAGAGAAGAAGGUCUGUGGAUUCGCCGGUUCAGCUUAAUCUCCUUCCGCUUGUGCCGCUUCCUCGCCAGGAAAUGGGGUUUCCAUGGUCGACGGAGAACAGGAAUUUGGAGGCGACGACUAGGGUUUUGGAUGUGAACCAGGUGCCAUCGGCGGAAGAUGGGGCUGCUGUGUCGUCAUCACCGAACAGCACGGUUUCAUCCUUCCACGUGGAUUUCGCCGGUGGAGUUGGGAUGUCGGCGGCGGCGGCGGCGGACUUGGAGAGGACAUCGUCCAGGGCAAGCGAUGAAGAAGACAACGGCGGGUCGAGGAAGAAGCUCCGGCUGUCCAAAGAGCAGUCUGCGUUCUUGGAGGAGAGCUUCAAAGAGCACAGCACCCUCAACCCGAAACAGAAGCUUGCUCUUGCCAAGCAGCUGAAUCUCCGGCCCCGGCAGGUUGAAGUUUGGUUUCAAAACCGCCGUGCAAGGACCAAGCUUAAGCAAACAGAGGUGGACUGUGAAUACCUCAAGCGCUGCUGCGAAACGCUUAGAGAGGACAACCGUCGCCUUCAAAAAGAGCUCUCCGAGCUUCGAGCCCUCAAGACCUCACAACCCUUUUACAUGCAGCUUCCGGCCACCACUCUCUCCAUGUGUCCUUCCUGCGAGCGCGUCUCCUCCAAUUCUUCCUCCGCCGCCGCUGCCAACCAAACUUCAACCGCCGCUCCGACCGCCAGUUCAAUUCCUCCGACCGGCUCUGAUAAGCCGCCAGUCCCCUUCGUUACUUCUCUCUUCCCUAAACCCCGGUUCUACCCUUUUGCUCGCCAGCCGUCGGCGGCUUCCUGAACACUACUACGCUUGCCCAUGGCAUCGUUUGUAAAUAUUUUCUUUCCGAAGGGCUUUUAUUAUCCCCUAACCUUGGUUUCUUUCUCCCUUCUUUUUUUUUUCUUUUUUCCUAAUCAUUAUGAAGCAUGGAAAUGUCUUGGCUUUUU